AUGGGUCACGAAGCCGAAUCCAAUAUAACAACAGAAGGCUCCUAGAUAUAAGAUUCAUUAUACAGAGAUGAAGAGAAAAUGGAAGAAUCAGCGAAUGUAGCAUAUUUACUUACUUUGGGUAUACUCUUAGGUCUGGCUUUGAGGGAAUUGAACAAGAAAACCAAGUAAUACAACAAAAAUAAUAUAUAGAUUUCCUUAUUCCCCUAUGGUCUUAACUUGUGGAUUAUUGAUAGGUUUAUUAUAAAGUUCUCUUGGAUAUUUGGGAGAAAGUGCAAGUAUCUUGAGUCAUAUGCAUCCACAUUUAAUUGUUUAUGUCUUUGUUCCUGUUUUAUUAUUUGAAUCAGCAUUCAAUUGUGAUUGGUAUAUAUUCAAAUACUAAAUUGUUAAUAUUUUACUAUUGGCUGGUCCUGGAGUUGGUUGGGUAUUUUAUUAUAAUAUUAAUUAGGGAGCAAUUCUUUUAGGAAUAGUAUUCAAAUUGUUCUUAUUCUAUAGUGAUGAAGAUAUGAAUUGGUAUUAGGCAUUCACUUUAGGAUCUGUGUUAUCUGCAACAGAUCCAGUAGCUGUUGUUGCUUUACUAAAAGAAUUAGGUGCUAGUUCUGCAUUUAAUCAUUUAAUUGAAGGAGAAGCAUUAUUAAAUGAUGGAGUGGCAAUGGUUUUUUUUAUAUUUUUCAAUAAACUAUCUAAAGCUGCAGCUGGAAUUGGUGGAGGUGUUACUUUUGGUGGAGUUCUAUUAAACUUUUUUAGGAAUUCAAUAGUUGGUCCUAUUUUAGGAGUAGUAGUAGGAUUUUUUGGAGCAUUAUGGGCUAGAAGAAUAGUUGGAGAUGAUGUUGAAGUAGGUUGGUUAACAUUUAUAUUCACAUAUCUAACAUUUUAUUGGGCUGAGUUUUGUUUCUUUAAAACUAGUGGAUUAUUGGCUGUUGUAUCUUUGGGUUUGUUUUGGAGUGCAUUUGGUAAGACUAAAAUAAGAUCAGAGAGUGAACAUGCUGUUCAUACAGUUUGGAGUUUUGUUUAAUAUUUUUGUGAUACAACUGUUUUUCUAUUAGUAGGUAUGAUAGUUGGAACAGAAGUUAUUGAAGAAAGAUAUAUUUAUACAUCUGAUUAUUUCAGAAUGAUUGUGUUUUAUUUCUUUAUGAUAUUAUGCAGAUACUUAAUGGUUAUAUCAUUUUGGCCAUUACUUAAGAGAUAUGGUUAUCCAAUGUCAUAACCAGAAUUGAUAGUAUUUGUUUAUGGAGGUCUAAGAGGAGCUUUGGGUUUAACACUUUCAUUGAUGGUUGGAUGUGAUCAAGAUUUACCACCAAGAUUUAGACAUUUAUCAGUAUUCUUUACUGCUGGAAUGGCUGCUCUUACUAAUCUUGUAAAUGGAACUACUUGUAAAGCUUUGGUGAACUAUUUAAACAUGAUAGAGAAUCCAGUAAUUAAAAAGAGAGUAUAUAAACGUUAUUUAACUGAUAUGAUUGUUAAUUAAGAAGAUACAAUAAAAGAAUUGGAAGGGGAUGAACAUUUUGCAAUGGCUGAUUGGAAUCAUGUCAAAUCACUUGUAGGAUCACAAUAAUUUUUAUAGGAAGUAGUUUAAUUAGAGAAUGAAAUUAAAUAAAUUUAAGGUGGAAAUAUGAGUAGAAUAUCUUAUGAAGGAUUAACUGACACUGAUACUUUUGGAGAGGUUAGAUAUAGAGUACUUAGAAUUCUUAAGGGAUUAUAUUAUUCAUAAUUUGAACAUGGACAAUGUGAUGAAGAUUCUGUUAGAUUAUUAGUUGAAUCAAGUGAUGUUGCACUUGAUCAUACAGGAUCUAUUUUAAAUAUUUGGGAAUAAUUAUUCAAUAGCUUUACUAGUUUUAGUAGUAUCAAGUAUUUCUUCAAAGCGAAAGAAUGGACAUUUUUAGGUGGAUAUGCUUAAUAAUACAUUACUAAACAUUUAGGAUUUGUAUAUGAUGUAACAACAACAUUUAUAUCUUGUGCUAAUGAAGUACUAACAUUACAAGAACAUAUGCCUAUGAAUAAGAAUGCAGUUAGAUUGAUUAUGGAUGAAAUUAGAACUGAAAUCAAUAAAGCUGAACUCUAUUUAGGUACUUUAACUGACACAUUCCCAGAAGUCAUUAGAGCUAUUCAAACUAAAAGAGCUUCACAUACAGUUCUUAUGCAUUAAAGACAUCAUCUUGAAGAAAAUUAAAAGAAUGGUCUUGUAGAUGAUAAAGAAUUCAAUUAAUUAAAAAGUAAUAUUGAUGCUCGUCUUGUUUAACUUGAAAAUCAUGUAUUUGAUUGGUAAAUUCCAACUUUCCAUUCUUUUGCUAUGGAAUUUCCAAUAUUUGCAGGUGUACCUAAAGAGGAAUUAGAUACAAUUAUUAAAUCCACAUAUGAGAAAAGAUAUCAAACAGAUGAAAUUAUUUAUGAAAAAGGUAUGACCUGUUAAAAUAUAUACAUUGUCUAAAAAGGAAAUGUUAUAGAUGAAGUUGGAUCUCAUUAAAUAAAAAAAGGAUUAGGAUCAUUAUUAUCUUAUGUUAAUCUUAUAGGAGAUGGUAAAUGCAUGACAACUUCUAGAGCAGCAUCUGAAACAGUACUACAUUCAUUAAAUUUGAAUGUUCUUAAGUCUUUGAUGUAAAAGUCAGAAGCUUUUGAAUAGAAAAUAUAUGUCAAUUCUAUAGGUAAAUAUUAGUAUAUUUUUUAGAAUAUCUAAUAAAAUUAUAUUAAUCUUAAGCUGGACCUUUGGGAUAAAUGGAAUAAAAACGUUUAAAUCUAUUCCUUAGACAAAAGGCUUAAUUCAAAAAGUUCGAUGUUCAUUCAAAUGUUGAAUUCAUGUUUGGAGGUUAUAUAAUUAAAGGGGAAAUAUAAAGUUGUAUUCAAGAUGAGAGUGAAGGCAUAGAGAGAUAUAAUGAAUAUUGGUAAUUAUUGAAUAUAUGUUUAGUUAUGUACCACCUAGAGAAAAUGAUUUUAAUGUCAUAAAACCACUAAUAUGUUUGGUGUUUGAUGAUGCGAUUGAUGUGAUAAAGUAGGAUAGAUUGGAAUAAUUUAAUUUAGAGAAUCAUGAAGAAGUAAUAGAGCAAAGAUUUUCAAGAAUUGAUGUUCAAUAGAAAUAUUAAUAAUAAGAAUUAUGA